CCGGGACUUCCCCUCUCUCUUUCUUUUGCACUUCUGUGAACGACUGAGCGUCUGUGUGUGUAGAGUCACAGAGUAGCGUAAACUGAAAAAUGGCGAGUGCCCUUUCUCAUCCUCUUCUCUUUGUAUACUCACAGCAUCGAUAUCGAUCUUGCUUCUGCUUCUCCACUACUCGGACCUAUAAAUCUCCAAAUCUCAGGAGAAAUGGCAAUUCUUCAAGUCGCCUUCGAGCUAUCCCUGGAUCUUCACCUCCCAAAGAUCAUGUCAGCCCCUUGGAAGAUCGAACGCCAGAAUCAAAACCUCCAAUUGAGUACGAGGGAAUCGAUGAUUCUAUGGAGAAUCCGAAGAUGAAUCCUUCCCUUAGUUCUUCGUUCCUCAAUUCUGCUUCUCGCCUUCUACGCGGCUUAAGAAUACAUGGGGACAUAUUUAAGGUUGAUAAACUUGGAUUGGAGAUUCUAUCAAUUGCAGUGCCUGCUGCAUUAUCUCUGGCUGCCGAUCCAAUUGCUUCACUGGUCGACACCGCAUUUGUUGGUCACAUCGGAUCGGUUGAAUUAGCGGCAGUUGGAGUGUCGAUUUCGGUAUUUAAUCUGGUGUCAAAGUUGUUUAAUAUCCCCUUGCUUAACAUCACAACAUCUUUUGUUGCUGAAGAGCAGGCCUUGAUUAUUGAGAAAAAUGAUGUUAGUCCCAGAAUUGAUGCAAGUAAUGGAGGAUUUCAUUCUGUUUCUGAGCCUCUGGAGGCCACAUAUUAUAAGCAAAAAAAGAGAUUUCUUCCUGCAGUAUCAACUUCUUUAGCUCUAGCAGCUGGUAUUGGCAUUGCAGAAGCCACUGCACUCUCCUUCGGUUCGGGGUUCUUAAUGAAUAUCAUGGGUAUACCUGUUGAUUCACCUAUUCGUUUACCAGCUGAACAUUUUCUUACCUUGAGGGCCUAUGGUGCCCCAGCAGUGGUAGUUGCACUAGCUGCUCAGGGAACCUUUCGUGGAUUUAUGGAUACAAAGACACCUCUUUUUGCCAUAGGUGCUGGGAACUUACUGAACGCAAUAUUGGAUCCUAUUUUGAUCUUUCUCUUUGGUAUGGGGAUUGGUGGUGCUGCAAUUGCUCUUGUGAUUUCUGAAUAUUUGAUUGCUUUUAUCCUUCUGUGGGAGUUAAACACAAAAAUAGUGCUCUUGCCACCGGAUUUUGAAGGGAGGAGACUUGCCAGAUAUCUAACAUCUGUCUUUUAUUUCGCAGGUGGUCUUCUAAUUGGCAGAACCACAGCGGUGCUUGGAACCAUGACAUUGUCAACAUCCAUGGCUGCACAGGAGGGUCCAAUUCCUAUGGCUGGUCAUCAAAUCUGCUUGCAAGUUUGGUUGGCAAUAUCUCUGCUUAAUGAUGCUUUAGCACUUGCUGGCCAGGCUCUUCUUGCCAGUAGUUACUCUCAGGGGAACUAUCGACAAGCACGUAUCGUGAUUUACAGAGUUCUACAGAUUGCGUUAGUAACAGGAAUUGCUUUGGCUGUUAUCUUGUUCCUUGUCUUUGGGGCCUUCUCUAGUUUAUUUAGCACAGAUACUGCCGUUCUGGAGAUUGCCUGCUCUGGUGUUUUGCUUGUUGCUGGAUCUCAGCCUAUGAAUGCCCUUGCAUUUGUCUUUGAUGGACUCUACUAUGGUGUUUCAGACUUUGCAUAUGCUGCAUAUUCAAUGGUGUUUGUUGGACUGGCCUCUUCAGUAUUCCUAUUGGUGGCUGCUCCUAUAUUUGGUCUUGCUGGAGUCUGGACAGGGUUGUUUCUUUUCAUGACCCUGCGAGUAGCCGCUGGAUUUUGGAGGCUCGGUACCCAAGGUGGACCAUGGAAAAUGAUUUGGUCGGAGAUGGAUCAAAAGAAUGACUGAGAUUGACUCGGUUUUGGUUAAUACCUUACAUAAGCGCUUACAUUGGUGAACUUCAUUACUCUUAAGGAAUUGGGUGACCUGCCUCAUGGAUUCAGAGCCAAAGAAAACCUAACAAAUCAAGGAAGUUGAGCAUCAACUACCAGUACUCCUGCUUGGAAAGUUGUUAAUAUUGGCUGAUUGAAAGCGAUGCUGACUUGCUACUCUUUGGAUUUCAAAAGAUUAAGUCAACCAUGACCAAAAUUAACCUUGGAUUCCCCACAGAGAGGCUGAUGCAUGGUAUUAUCCUAGAAUAUAUUGUCUAAGGAACUGUACACUCAUGAGCAAUUGCUAGAGUUAUCAGGUCCAAGGUUAUAAAGAUCCCACCAGUGGGUGUUAAGUGCCAUAGAUGGGGUUGUAUUUUGGAAACUAAUCUUAUAUUGUCUGAUAUAAUUGGGAUGAAUGGUUUCAGCUGGCUAUUAACUAUUCAUAGAGCCAGUCGGUGCUAGCAUGUUGCAAUGAUGGAAAUACAAGGCAGAAUCAAUGACUCAAUGGCUAGGCAUUAUCAAGUUCAGUUGCAUUCCGAAGAUGCUUGUAAUUCUGUAAAUUCAUCAUGCUUUUGCAACUUCAGAUCCUGUUGUCAAAUUUUGAUCCGUAUCUAUCACACUCUUUAUCUCCAUUCUGCCAGAGGUUUUGUCAGAAAUGUACAUUCUCAAAAUUGGUGGGGAUCCAUUUCUCACUACUGUAAAUUUUAAUCUUGUGCUGCUGCUGUCAAUAGAAACAUGUUUUGGUGAUGUACAUUUUGUUCACUUUCAAAAUGUAAAUGUUAUAUCAGCUCUUGUUUUCCA